AUGGAGACUGACGAGGCUGAAGGCACUGAAGCAACAGCUCCAGGAAGGGGCACUGAUGUUGAUGUGGCCUUCGUACCUCAAGAGUUUAGUGCCCCGACCGAGGCAGGGGCUAUGACUCAAGAAGGGAUCGUGAUGAAUGAUGCCCCUGAGCACCAAGGGGUUGCGGAUCCCGUGGGCACAGAUCGUGGAGAUGAGGGAGUUGAGCUUUUUGUGGCCGAGGUUCUGGCUAUUGAGGACGCAUGCCAGAUGGAAGAAACAACAGCUGAAGCUGAAUUAUCUGGAGAAGAGGCCCCUGUGGACGAGGGUCAAGGCGAAGAGGAUGUUCCUGAACUUGCCAACGUUGAAGUGGCAGUUCUGGAGGGUGAAGAGCAAGGGGAACUUGUUUCUUCAGAGUCUGUCGAGAUACAAGUGGAGGUCCCCGUAGACGAGGGUCAGUGCGAAGAGGCCGAUAUUGAAGAAUCUGGACAAGUCAAGGCUGGGACUGUCUCUGGGUUUGAGGUGCAAGAAGCUCUGGGCUUUUCCAUUGUUCCAGAGGAGCCAGUGGCUCAGAUGGCUAUCAUUUUGACAAGCCUGAUCCUUGAAGUCGAGCAAAUGGAGGAGGAAACCCAAGUGGUGGCUGAACUAAAGGAACGUGUUCCGGACCCCGAGGCUUCUUCUGCGGCAUACCAAGCAGAGAUCAACAAGAUAAUUGAUUGCUUUUGA